CCAUCAAAAUGAACUCCCGAAUGUCAAAACUUCGCCGGAGUAUAUCCCGCAGUGUAUUUCAGUUGAACAGCUCAUUGAGCCGACAGAAUAGUCUUAAUGGACUUGUUGACUUGCCAACUAUGUCAAAUACUACAUUAGUAGAUAAGUUUGCUACACCGAGCAAUUUCCGGCAACUACGAGACCUGAUUCGCAACAAUAACGAGUUACUUGCCGAAGUUGUGACUGCUUUUGAAGAGAAAGCAGCGCUUGAUUUUCAUUAUUCGAAAACAUUGAAAAAGAUAUCAAUUCGGUUGCAUAAAUUGACACAAAGCGUUGAAUCAGGUAUCGAUAAAGGCUGGACAAAUGUGGCAGAACAAUUUGAUAUUCAUGCUACUAUUCACAGUAACUUAGGAUCUGCAAUCACUGAAGAUAUCAUACAACCUCUUAGAUCAAUUCAAUCAAAUCAGCAAAAAACUAUUCGAGCAGCCGACAAUUUCGUAGAGCGAGAAAUUCGAAAAUUGAAGGAUAAGAAAGAUGAAACUCAAAAAAUGAAACGAAGUCUGUACGUGUUGGCGAAAGAGCUUGAAAAGACUGAAAACUCGGCUGAACGAGAAAAAGCUCAACCGGAGAAGUUUGCACUUCGCCGGAAAAAGUACAAAGAUCAGAUGAUUCGAAGUGAAGAUGAUUAUGUAUGGCAGACUGUUGAUCUGGAAAAGCAGAGAAGAAUGACUGAAAAUGUGUUACGAAAAGGUGUAGAGAGUAUGGAAUCAGUGGAGAGACAGAGAUUAGCUCAUUGUCAAACUGCAUUGGGACGGUAUAAGAGAAAGAUUGAGACGUUGGGACCGAAUUUGAGACAAAUGUUUGAAAGGCAUUCGAAUAAUCUUGAACUUGCGGUAGAUUCUGUUCCGGAGGAUUAUAUUCAAACUAUUCAACCAUCAACUUCAGCUGUCAAUCAUAUUACCCUGAUUGAUCUUCAUGCUGAAAAUUUCGGAGAAGUCAUGUCUUCGACACGACGCCGUCAGAAUCUUGAACGAGUUUCAGGAGUAUUGGAUUCAGAAUUGAAGAGACUUUACAACAAUCAGACAGCUGACGUUAUGGUGUCUAAUUCAAAGCAAAUUAGCGUUUUGGAAUUCAUCGAAUAUCUGUACUACAAGUUGAAUGAUUCAAUAAAUAUUGUGGAUGGAGGUCAAAAUCGAGGUUUUCACAGAUUAUCCAGGUUUCAACAUAAGAUUAAAGAUAAAUCGGGUCUUCCAAUGACAAUUCUCACAAUUCCAUUAUCCGGUGAUAAUAACAGUCUUCCACCACCUUGUCUAUCAAUGGAAGCAUCAACUGCUUAUCCGUCACCACGUGGCAGUGGAGAGUACGAAGAAUAUGAAAAGAUAUCCGACGACGGUUUCUACUCAACAACAACAACAUCAUCAAAUGGUGGUCCUAUUCGAACAACUACAACUUUCGAUGAGCCCACUUCAAGUCCACCGACAAUUUGUAGAGUUCUUUAUGAUUUUGAGCCGAAGCAUGCUGACGAGAUUGAGAUUAGAGAAGGUCAAUGUGUUCUUGUCGAGGAUCGAAUAGGAGAUGAUUGGCUCAUUGGGCACGUUAUAAGCCAACAUGACAAUUCUUCAAUUGAUCCACGAUCUGGAAGAUUUCCAACCACAUAUGUUUCUCUUAGGCAAUGAGACUUUUUUCUUGGCGGCACAAUAAAGUUUCCUCUUUU